AGUACUGGACACAGAAGAAAAUACUUUUAUUUUCUGUUUAGUAUAGGGAAGCACUUACUCAACACAAUAGACCAGCGUUCUGCUAAUUGCCUGGACCUGGGACCCUUCCCCAGUAGUACUGCUUUGUGUUUGUUUGCUAUUUAAAAGUGAUUUUUUCCUCUUCAGCUCCCAUCUAGUUGGUGGUGGAAGGGUGUUUAUGGGAGCAGGAGCAUCGUGGCUCUCUGUAGUGGAGAUUUUCCGACUUUUGUUAUAUAUCGGUGCCGUUUGCUCGGAAGAACGAUUGACCAAAGCUGUGCUCUUCACACUAACAAAAGCCUCGGUAACCGAAGUUCCCAGGCCUUGAUAAACCGGCCUUGAUAAACCAAGGUGGUCUGCAUUGAUCCAAGUCAGGUAGCUGACACCCACAACCUGUAUGCUCCCCUGUCACAGAGCUGUGCAGCAGCUGAUUUGAGUAAGUACAAAGAAAAGGGUGGGGGUGUUCUCUCAGUUGUGCGGAAGCUGCCUUCCUGCUUGUUUUCACCUUCUGCUUGCCUUAGCACAAAUUGAGAGGAGAGGAGGAAAAAAGCCUGAAGAGGACCUGUCAGUUAUUGUUUUCUAGGAGAAAAAAAAAAAAAUCCCUCAAACCCAAGACAGACAAUUCAGAAUGUGCUCAGUUACAGUAUAUCCUGGUUAGCAAAAAAAACCCCAAAACAACACCCCACUAAAAUCAGUGAGAACUGAAUUGGGGAAAAAAACAAACUAUACCUACAAAAUCAAGUUACUCAAGGUUUCCUAUUCAAUUUGAAUCGGUCACUUGAAUUAAUUCACCUUUCUACAGCCAAGACAUGCCCUAGAUAUUUAGAACUCCUUAAUUGUGCGCCGAUUACCUGCGUGUGCACAUGUAGUUGAGCAAGAGUUGUGUUCAUAAAAUAACAAAUGAGUUACAUCUUUGCUUAUGUACUGGGAGUUUUUGCUGUGACACCUCUUGCUCACGGCUGUAUUUAUAGAACCAAGCCAAUCGUUGGUUUAUUUCCUGACUGUGCUGUUGCUAUAGCCAGGGCUUAUUUACAUGUAUCUGCAUAAGCAAGGUUAAAAAAAUCCCAUACCACCUUUUCCCUAGUUUGUGCUUUAUAAAACAGCAGACCUUACCACGGCUAUCUGAAGAAUGAAAGGGCCAAGGCUAGUAUGUAUUGCGGCAGUUGCCUGUAAGCAAGUAAAACGAAUCUUUCCCCAAAACCCUGAUGGUGCUUUUUCUGUAAUUCCUAUUUAUCAGGUAACUUGGCUCUAAUCCUGCUGCACAGACGUGCUCAGAGCAGGGACAGCUUUGCGGAUGACACGUAUGGAAGGAACAGAGAGGCUCUGGGCAGGGUUGAGGGAUGGUGGGGUAGAGCAUGGUGUAAGCAGCUGGGCUGGCUCAGUAAGGUGCAGCUUAGUCACUUCCUUUGGGAAUUAUGUAGGAUACACCUACCUCCUGUGUGGGAGCCCCACCUGAGCCUCCUAAAGUUGGAGCAAAAUGUCAAGGCGUUCGCUGCUUGCCAGGAACGGACCUUCUCGCAGGCUGGGUUUGCCGCUUUGCCCUGGUGACGGGAGACACAGCAGUGAGCUUGGGCUUUGUGCUGUCAAGAAGACUCAAAAGGGUUAGACCUGCUGCAGGAGAUGAAACCAGACCCAGCAAAGCCUGGGGCACAAACAGUUCCCAGGAUGGUCCGAUCUCACAGCUGCUCCUGAACCUCCUCGCUGCUGUCACCUGGAUGAAGGUGGAGAACCUCCGUCUGCUUUCACCACAUCCCUACUCUGCUGGGAAGCCAGGCUUGGGAGAAAAUCACCAUUGCUUCCUCGCUCUUCUGUGGAUGUAACACCCUGGAGUCCUUCGUCACGAGCCUGGAGCCGUUCUCCAUCAGCUGGAAAGAAGAAUGUCCUCGCGUGUCUGACGAGGCGCUGUGGCUUGUCCCCCAGAUUCCCUGGCUCGACGAGUCCUUACUCAUCCGCUUGUUCAGAGCAGGGACUUCACGAGACCCCCUGCGAGCCCCACGAGGACAUUUCUCGGCUGGUGGCCCGGUGGAAGCAGGAGAGCGAGAGCUGUAGGUGACGGUGGGGCUCGCGGAGGUGUGCCUGCCGCGGGGCUGGGUGCUCAGCUCCUAUAGCAGAGUCCAGAGGCACCUGUACGAGAGCGAGGCGUGUCGGAAAACCUGAUGCCUCACCUCCGCCAAUGUGGAGGCGGAGGGAGGAGGGCCCAAAGACAUGUCCCUUCACGCUCGCAACAGCUGAAAACGGAGAAGGAAACUCGCUAGAGCCUUUUUUACCAGCGCAGGAGGCCUCGCUGUCCCGCUCUCACCUCGGAAGCCCUCCCAUACGCCAGUACUCUGGGGGGGUGGCAGUCCCGCACCCGCUGGGCGAUGAACAUCGCAAGGAGAAGAGGCUUUUACAGACAGGAGGUGAACAAAACCCUCUGGGAGCUGCCCAGGAGAUACACAUCCCUCCACCCGGUGGGGUCCGGAGCCUACGGCUCGGUGUGUUCAGCCAUAGACAAGAAAACAGGGGAGAAAGUGGCUAUCAAGAAGCUCUGCCGCCCGUUCCAGUCGGGGAUCUUUGCCAAGAGAGCGUACAGAGAGCUCAUGCUGUUGAAGCACAUGCAACACGAGAACGUCAUUGGGCUGCUUGAUGUCUUCACCUCCGCCACCUCCUACCAGGGAUUCCAGGACUUCUACCUGGUGAUGCCAUACAUGCGGACAGAUUUACAAAAGAUCAUGGGACAGGAAUUCAGUGAUGAAAAGAUCCAGUACCUGGUCUACCAAAUGCUGAAAGGGCUGAAGUAUAUUCAUUCAGCCGGCAUCAUCCACAGGGAUCUGAAGCCCGGCAACCUGGCUGUGAAUGAAGACUGUCAGCUAAAGAUCUUGGAUUUUGGCUUGGCCAGACACACCGAUGCUGAAAUGACCGGCUACGUGGUUACGCGCUGGUACAGAGCCCCAGAAGUCAUUCUGAACUGGAUGCAUUACAACCAGACAGUGGAUAUCUGGUCUAUCGGCUGUAUCAUGGCAGAAAUGCUGACUGGAAAAACGCUGUUUAAAGGAAAAGAUUACCUAGAUCAACUAACUCAGAUCCUGAAAGUAACGGGGCAUCCGGGAGAAGACUUUGUGGACAAGCUGGAGGACAAAGCGGCUAAGAGUUAUAUCAAGUCCCUUCCUAAAAUCCCCAAGAAGGAUUUGUCUGUGCUUUUCCCCAAAGCCAAUCCUCAGGCAGUGGACCUGCUUGACAAGAUGUUGCAGCUCGAUGUGGAAAAGCGCCUUACAGCGACGGAGGCGUUGGCUCACCCCUAUUUCGACCAGUUCCGAGAUGUCGAGGAGGAGACAGAAGCGCAACAGUCCUAUGAUGAUUCUCUGGAACACGAAAAGCUUUCGAUAGAUGAGUGGAGAAAGCAUAUUUACAAGGAGAUCUUGUCCUUCAGUCCCAUUGCACGGAAGGACUCAAAGAAGCGAAGUGGGAUGUCAUUAUAACAACCAGUGCGGCUGUGGCUGGGAUUCACUUCUCCUGGAAGAUGGAUCGGAUUUACUCCACACUGCCUUGCUGGUGGCCGUCGUUUGGCCCGUGGGACUUCUCUGUGUGCCAACACAAGGAUGACACUGUGCUGCGGGCAUUGGACUUUGUUCUACUAAAUGGGGAAACACCCCAAACAGUUUUCAACACAAAAGAUAAAGUUUCAAUGAGAAUAUAUUUAAGUGGGAGAAUUUUAA